ACCUCCCAGCUGGUCGGCGUCGCCUCUGCGCUCCGUUCGGGGCGGGUCCGGAGAAUGGCUUCGGACAUGGAAUCGUCGCUCGAGGCCAGCUUCUCGGCCAGCGGUGCGGGGGCCGGGGCCGCGGGGUCCCUGCCGCCCGCUCGCUCCCGCAUCUUCAAGAUUAUCGUGAUCGGCGACUCCAAUGUGGGCAAGACCUGCCUGACCUACCGCUUCUGCGCCGGCCGCUUCCCCGACCGCACGGAGGCUACGAUCGGGGUGGAUUUCCGAGAGCGAGCCGUGGAGAUUGAUGGGGAGCGCAUCAAGAUCCAGUUGUGGGACACGGCGGGGCAAGAGCGGUUCAGAAAGAGCAUGGUGCAGCACUACUACAGAAACGUGCACGCUGUUGUCUUCGUGUAUGACAUGACCAACAUGGCCAGUUUUCAGAGUCUGCCGUCGUGGAUAGAAGAGUGCAAGCAACACUUGCUAGCCAGUGACAUCCCACGGAUUCUUGUUGGAAAUAAAUGUGACUUGAGAAGUGCCAUUCAGGUACCUACAGACUUGGCACAAAAAUUCGCUGACACACACAGUAUGCCUUUGUUUGAGACCUCUGCUAAAAACCCCAAUGAUAAUGACCAUGUGGAGGCCAUAUUUAUGACCUUGGCUCAUAAGCUUAAGAGCCACAAACCAUUAAUGCUUAGUCAACCCCCUGAUAAUGGAAUUAUCCUGAAGCCUGGACCCAAGCCUGCAAUGACCUGCUGGUGCUAAAUAAGUCUUCAUGAUCGCAUUGUGACUAAAAAAAUACUUUUGAAGUAUGACAAUGAUAAGUCGUAAGAUUUAAUCUCAUAUGUAAUGGAUCUUCCUGACACUUUGCUAUUUGUCAUUACUCACUUUUGUAUUUUGUAUCUACUUACUCCAGCUUGUCACUGUGACAACACAAGGAAAAAGUUGGUUUGCAGGUGAGGUUGAGAUGGAAGUAAAGGUAGGGUGAAUCAAGACAUCUUUGGGAGCCCAAUGAAAGAGGCUUCAGAUGGGGGUACCGUGAAAUUUGAAGUCAGUGACCAUUCAGUCUGUUCCUGGGACUGAAAAAAAAAAAAAUCAAGGGUUUAGUACAUAUUUGCUGGUAUAUCCUUGAAGAGGAAGUGUUCUCAACCGACAAGCCUGGUGCGUGCCUCUCAGAGUUCAGUACAUGAGCGUUGCAGUUGGUACAUGAGCAUUGUGCGCUCAUGUACCGACUGCCUUUCCCUGAGUACAUGUAGAGCCAGAAGAAGGCACAGAAUGUUUUCUGGUUCUCAGUCCUUCAAGAAUGCCAUUCCCAACAGUUCUAGCUACAUUAUCAGUCAGGUCUACAGAAGUCAUUGUUUUGUAAAAUAGUGGUUUGAAUUUUUUUACUAGAUUUUAUGUGCAAAAAUCAGUCAGAUUUUAAUGCAAAUUAAGUGACUUAAUAAGGUGCUUUAUACUUUAUUUUGAUAUCUUUAAACAGUGAAGAGCUACUUGAGGGCAGGUGAGGAGUUGCUACAGGGGGAAACAGGUGAGCAAGGCUCUGGCCGCCAGCGGGCCCGUUAGCCUCUGAGGAUGUCAGCUGUGUGUCUGGCACGGCCAACGCCCCAGACCUGCUUAACUAGUAGAGGCUGAGUGAAGCAAUCAUCUCUGUGUGGACUGUCCCGGGUUUCUGCCAGACGCACACUUCUGGAACUGCGCCCAGAGUGUGCUGCAGCUUCCGGACACGCCUGUUCUGGGGGCUGCGCCUCCGCCCCAGGAAAGCCGAGUGAGAGACUGGGAAAUACUUUGCAGCCCCCAGUGGCAGAAAGAAUAUCUCAGAAGAUUCUUGACCCUAAAUACCUUAUUUUGGAUUUCAGAGUUUGCACAUGGAGAACAGUGAGCUUGCACAGGGAGCUAUUAUGCGGAUGGAGCGUAAGCCAUGAACUUGAGCGUGCGCAUUUGCUAAUUCGGAUAGAUCGGAUAGAUCGCUGUCCUGGAUGAGUUCAGAGGAAACUAAGCCAAAGGAUGGUUGCGAUUACACUAGUUGCAGAAUAUGGGAAGCCAGUCAAAUAAGAAGCCAAGCCCAGUUUCGACUUUGUUUAGUUGCUGUGGCGGUCCCAGGUGGGCAUCUGGAUGACAGAGGUGAUGGUGCCCGCGGCUGCCUGGAUGAAGUGACAGGUGUGGACAUCAUUGUUCUGCUUGAAACAGUGGAUUUAAGAAGAAAUAAGUUGGCUUUAUUCAUGUGGAGGAGAGUAAUUCAUUUUUCUUAGGCUAGACUUGAAAACUGGUUGGCUAUCCGAGUUACUAUUGACUCGUGUCUAUUUUCAUAGGAAAACAGUGACAGCUAAACAGAAACUUGUGAUGGAGUAGGAGUCAGUUUUCAAAAGAAUCUGUUCUUGAUUUUCAGAACAUUUUCUGACAUGGGGGAAGAAAGUUUACAGACUUUUCCAAGCACAUUUUAUGUCUUUUCAGUAUGUUAUUAGUGAUUAAAAAAACAAUUUAGCAUUAUUUCUUUUUGUAAGAGGUUAGUGAAGUAUCCUUUGUAGUUCUAGGAAACCACUUAUUUUUUCACUUUAAUAUUUAUUAAUUUAAAAAUAUUUGUAACUCAUUUAUAAUGAUUUGUUUUAAUUUUUCUAUGUAUGUUAUCUUUUAAAAGAACACACUCACCAGUGAAUGGAGAUAAGCUUUUAGAUACCUUUCAACAUGUUUUUAAACAUUUCAUUGACUAUUGAGAAAUCAUUUCCAAAAUGGUGACUGUCAGGCAACCAAUCAUUUUUAAAACACAAGUCACACUCCUUGUUACCUCUGUGUGAGUUUCUUCUGACUUUUAAGGGAAAACAUCAGCUAAGUUUUGGGGAAAAGCCUUAAUCUGUGAACACCAAAGGAAGCAAAUCUGGAAUUUAGUUACCUGUUAAUGACAAUGCUGUGUUGAUAGCAAGUGCUAAUACACUUCCUCACGAAGUCAAAACUAAAAUGAAAUAAUUUCGUGGUGGAAUAGUGUCACUGUAACGUUUCCCUCCCGAGGUCCAAUAAACCAUCUUUGUGGUAAAGAAAUUGUGUUUCACUUCUUUUGGUUGGCCACUAAGUUGUGUAUAAAAUAAAACAAAAUCUUACUUUCUGGCUUCCAGUAUUUAACACGUUAGAAACACAUGAACAAAAAGUUUACCCAAUAGAAGUGGUUGAAACUCGACAGGGAAAAAAACCCCACAUAUUAAAAUUAGCUAAUAGAUUCUUCAAUUUUGCAACGGAGCAGCCCAACUCUGAGAACAUCUCAGACAGCAGUGCCAGAGCCUUAGCAGCUGGCCACUGCAGGUGCGUGGGAAGGCGGGGUAUGUGUGCACAGUGCAGCCCUCAUGGAAUUCCUUCAGUUGACUUCCUCUGGACCUACCUCUAUGGAUGAGCAUUUCAGUUUCCAAGCUUUUGGUCUUUCAAGCAAAAAGGUUCCCAUUUGCAUCUAUCAUUUUGCGAGCGUGUCACUCUAAAGAACACUAGACUGGGAUUCAUUUGCCAAGAGCAUAAACGCAACACCCUAGUGACGUUUGCAAGAGUCAGUUGAGGAGGAGAGGAUCUAGCAGAUGAAUUCCAGGAAAGCCUUUGCACAGCUGGCGGGUGGGACUGGGCCGAAAACUUGGCAUCAGGGCUUAAUAAGACUGUGGUUGGUGCUUUUCUGUUAUUUGGACCCAAGGAUCUUUGUGGGUUGAGUCACUAAAUGCAAGUACCUCCACAAACUGGAUAUGGAAACAGACUUUGUCUUGCUUUAUCAUGGAGUGUUAAAUCAAGGUGUCUAAUAAACUAGUGAAGCCUAUUUAAUCUAUCCCUUCCACUCAAAAAUAGCAAAAUAAGCUUGCCUGUGUGUGUGUGUGUGUUAAUUAAUAAAAACAUCUCUUAGAU